AUGCCUUCCUUCAACCCCUCAAAACUCCUAUGCUGUUGCAAGAUACCAAAACGCCGGAAGAACAACUCAGAAUAUAUAGCAAACGAUGUAGCUCUGCAGCCAAUUCCUGUUCUGGCUCCUCCUGCUGAGGAAGAACAUCAAGAACCCAGCGAGAAGAAUCGACAGUCCAUCAUAGGUUUGCCAAACACGGCUUGGGCAAUUCCAGUGCGGCAUAGUUCUUUCGAGAGCGGCUCUAACAUACGCCAGUAUGUGGACGACGACGAUUCAGAUUCAGAUCAAGAUCGAACACAACCAACAAAAAAGUCUAGCACUGCGCUUGAUACUGUACGCAACAAGCUCAUUCGCACCAUCUCACAUAGUAGCAAUGGAGACCAUCCAUCUCAUGUCUCUGUUGGUAACAGUGAAGAGGAAAUUGCACGCAGAGCCGAAUUGAAGCGCAUCAUGCAUCAAAGGAUUCAGGAUGAACUCAAGUCGGACGAGUCGGACGAUCAGAUUGAGAGUAAGCCUACGAACAAUAUCCAGCGUAUAGCUUCAGUCGUUGAUGUGACAUUGCCUAACUCUGGACCCCGAGAUGCCAUUGAAUUCGGAGUCAGCAAGUCUUCUCGCAAUGGACAUUCUACUCAACUCAACUCGGAUCAGGUCGAUCAGGACAUGCAUCAAGACAGUGGAGUUUCUCAACCAGGUGAAAAUAAACCACAAAAAGCAUUUUCACAGACAUCAGAACUAAUUCAUGGCGCUGAUGAAUGGAGACAAGAUGAUGUGCACCCAAGAGUCUCCCCUUCUUACCCCAAAAGGCACGUUUCAGCGUGUGAAGACGGCGACUUCACACAUUCUCAGAAGUCUUUCCAGCUGUCAAACGGCACUGGGCGUCUCGACCGUAUUCUGGGACCAGACAGCAGCUUCAACAGCCGUCAUGCUUCUUCAGGAGAUGGGCAUUCUGCUCUUGGCGUAUGGCUCAUAGCCCAGGGCCUCCGCUCAAGAGACAACUCAACUCUUUUCCUUGACGAAGAAGACGAACUUGAACCAACUGAAGACACCAAACUAACUGAUUACAAUACUUCUUCACUGCGACGUGCAGAGGGGGACUGUGUUCAAGAGACACGAGAGACACCAGCAAAUGGAAAUCCUAAUAUACCCCAUGAACCAACUAUCAUUAACAUACCCAACACGGUGGAAACUUACUCUCCGGCCAAUUUCAAGGCAAAGAAUGAUCGCCAUGAAAUAUCAAGCUUAUCUGGAGAGUUACCAUGGGGAACUACUGUAACAGCCCUUAUAAAUUCAUUUACCGACCACACGUCUUCAAGUGACCCAUCAAAGUCACAGCCUAGUCCAAUGCGAUCGCAACAUAAUCUUUAUAAACUUGACCCCAAGGAUCUGGAUAGCAUGGAGUUAUCCCCAUUCAAAUGGCGAAGCCAUACUUCUUCCCAAGAUCGGGAAAAUGCGAAUGACCAGAACUCCAAGAGCGUGAAUAUCGGCAUGCCCCAGAUAAAGUCCCAGUCUCAUGGAAACAUCCACCACGUUGAAUUUCCAGUGAAAGCUCUGCAAGACACGACCUCCUUGGCUCAAUCAGAAUCUGCCAGCUUUCUGCAACGUGAGGCUGAGCUCGGGUCCAUUCGGCGACGUUUCAGUGAAGCAUUAGCACUGAAGAAACCGGAGAAAAGAGUGGUUACCCGUUUCCGUGAGGAGUUUUCCGAAUCUUCGCUCCCACCAACUGUCAAUAAAUCCUUCAGAACUGGCAAUUCCGAGCCACCUGAGGGCGAAGUCUGA